AUGAAAUGUUUAAUUGUGAUGUUAAUUGCUGUGCUAAUUAUUGAUACAAUUGAUUGCCGUAAAAGUAUUGUAUCAAAACGUGAAUCACAACCAAUCAAUACAACAUCAACUGCAGAAAAUAAGUCUCCGAAGUACCAUAGGACGAAAGCUAUUAACUUCAAAUUGAGAAAAAUAGCACAAAUGAGUGAAAACCAGACGGAUUACAGCAAUUCUAAAGAUGAAGAAUUACCGCCUACGGUACAGAACGGAGCCUUUGUAGGCGAUGACUGUACUGCUGGUAAAACGAGAGUGAAGGAUAUAUGUGUAGAUGUUGAUUAA